AUGGUGAAAGCGACAGGAAUAUUGGACAAGUCCCUGAGCAAAGGGAAGAACGAGGUGAGCUUACCAACGUUUGCGCUUCUGUUCUCUGAAGUUGUGAAGUAUGCCCAGGAGCGUUCAGAAACAGUGACAGAUAUCCAUGACAGACUUGCCUCGUAUGGGAAGCUUGUUGGGAUACGAUUACUGGACGUGAUAACGUUGCGUGAGAAAGGAUAUCGUAGGGAGACGAAACUAUUAGGCAUGCUAAUGUUCAUAAAAUCGUCCGUUUGGAAAAAUUUGUUCGGCAAGGAAGCUGACAAGUUGGAGCGCUCGAACGACGACCAA